UUGAUUUAAGUUGUUGUAAGAAAAGAGAAUAUACUUCAUAACCUAGAGUUAAAAUAGAUAAAAAUGGACGGAGCAUCACGUGUUAAUGCCGAUAUGUUCUUUCUUCUGUUGUGUUGCCCCCCGUAACCUUAGAAGUUGUUACCCGGUCGGUAGCUUAGGACGCGGUUUCUUCGAUUAGCGUCAAGUUAAGUUACUAGUAAAGUUUGAACAUGAACAUGCAAUAUCUCACUCAAAGAAUAAUAAAAUAAAAAUAAAAUAAAAACUAAAAAUACAAACAAACACAAUGACGUAGGGGACCGCGCACACUUCGCAAAUCUAACUUCUCAUUCUUAUGUACUCUUCCUUAUUCUUACCCCCGAUUAAUUGAGUUACCAUGCCACCACCAUCAAAUUCAUUUAACCCAACAAUACCGAAAGCUGCAGAACCCAAAUACGGCCAGUCAUUUGAUUCAUGGAACUCAUCAGCCACCGGUCACCAAAGAGCUGAAAAUCACCUGGCGAGAACUACGGGAUGGCGCCAGUCUCGGAGCUCGAAGCUUACGAACCAAUUCAAAGGGGGACCAGGCGGUGGUCCGCGAAUAUCAGACAAAGUCGGGGCUGGGUCCAAAGAUUGGGACCCUAAGUUGAAUACCCUUGUCACCCCCGAGCUACGAUCACGCUCUAAAAAUUCCGUACUGGAUAUGUUGGCGAGGCCGGGUACUAUGGCCACGAGCACGCCCUCAUCAGCCUCACCAGUGUCUGGCAUGAACUCGGAAGCUGCUGGUAAGGGUGACGGCAAUCAGACAGUGGAAGAAAAGAUCUCAGCGCAGCGCAAAGUUGAAGAUGAAGCGCGAGAAGCAGAAAAGGAACAGCCGAGGGGAAUUUUUGAUGGCGUCAUAGUCUAUACCAACGGCAGCACGCAUCCUCUGAUAUCAGAUCACAAACUCAAACACUUGUUAGCAGAGCAAGGCGCGAGAACAUCCAUUCAUCUAGGGCGGCGGCAGGUAACCCAUGUGAUUCUAGGCAGGCCGACCAGCGGACGAGGUGGUGCCGGUGGUGGCCUCGCCGGAGGGAAACUGCAAAAAGAAAUUCAGAAGGUCGGUGGUUGCGGAGUCAAGUUCGUAGGCGUUGAAUGGGUUCUUGAGAGUAUCAAGGCGGGCAAACGACUCCCAGAGGCGAGAUUUAGCAAUCUCAAAGUCGCUUCUAAAGGCCAACAGAGCGUAUACGGCUUAUAUCCCAAGGCCGAAACUCCUUCAGAGCGAUCUAUCUCAUAGUAGGUACUUAAGUAAUGCGAAGAAGCUAUCUGGGCGAAUGAGUUUAUGAUGCUACUUACAAGUACACGACACGGUCGCAUUGGGGGUUUACAACAUUGCAUUAUAGGAUACAUGGGGUUGGUUACGUUGCAUGACACAUCAGCAUGAAGCAUCAAUUGCAUAAAGCAGCCAGUAUUGGACGGGCCAAAGGCGUUGUUGGUUGGUCGUUACAUGGGAUCGGGGAAUUACCACGUUUUUCCUCGAAGCGCUUCAAAUCAUACUCUGAGAUGCUUUCGGAUUAUUUUUGGGGGAUAAUGGUAGAUCUGCCUAGACAUAACUGCGUAGUAGAAUUGCUAGUUCGCGGCUAUACAUACAUCUAGAAUCAUUGUUUGUUAAACAAUUCGGUGCAAUGGAAUUGGUUGGAACUUACCGAGGAUGUCUCCCAGAUAUGCAUACCGCCACCGUCUGUGCCCAGCGCCAGCAGCCUCUUUCCCCGCGGGGCAUUUUAUUGCCGAUCUGACUAAACAAUAUCAAGUAAG